GCGCGGCGAUUGGUGCCUGGGUCCUGCCGCGAGAUUUGAAAUGGACGCUGAGGCCAUUCAAACACCCGCUGUCUAGCAUCCUGGCUGAGCUGCUCCUCCCUGGGCUCGCACCCCCGGCUCGCUGUCCUAGGAGAAUGGCUGUGCUCAAUCAGAUGUCUGUCUUGGGCAUGAUUAAAGAGUUUAGGAGGAAUUGGCGUGCCCACUGUAACUCUGAAAGAACCACUUUAUGUGGUCCAGACUCCAUGCUCUUGGCACUGCAGCUUUCCAUGGCUGAAAACAACAAGCAGCACAAUGAAGAAUUUACAGUCUCUCUCAGUGAUGUCUUACUGACAUGGAAAUACUUCUUACAUGAAAAACUGAACUUGCCCACUGAAAGUGUGAAAGUGGUUGACCACUAUGAAGACAUUAAGAAAACAUAUGAUGAUUUCUUGAAGAAUAGUAAUAUGCUAGAUCUGAUUGAUGUGUAUGAGAAAUGUAGCAACUUGACUUCUAAUUGUGAGAAUAGCAUUAUAUCUUCUAGCCAACUACGGGAUUUUCUGUCUGGCACACAGUGUGCAGUAAAUGAUGAAACUAAUCCUCAAAUACCAGUGUCCCCAGUGAAAUGCAACCAGCAUGAACAGAUGCGGCUAUUGGCAAAGAAAAUUUUCUUUUCAUAUUUGGGCCUGCUAGUGAAUUCCAAGAAUGACCUGGCUUUAGCUCAUGUUCUCAACAUCCCUGAUCGAGGACUGGGGAGAGAGGCCUUCACCGACUUGAAGCAUGCUGCUCGAGAGAAGCAACUGUCUAUGUUUUUGAUGGCCACAUCAUUUAUUAGAACAUUAGAGCUUGGAGGGAAAGGAUAUGCACCAUCUCCAUCAGAUCCCUUACGGGCACAUGCAAAAGGGCUGUCUGAUUUUAUCAGUUUCAUUGACAAGUUAGAUGAAAUUCUUGGAGAGACACCAAAUCCAAGCCUGGCAGGGGGCCGGAUAUUGUCGGUGAUAAAAAUGAGGCUGAUCAAAGGCCACAGCAGUGGAGAUCCUUUUUAUAAAGCAGUAGAGGAAGUUGUUCAGGAUUUGGAUUUGAGGAUUAAAAAUAUUAUCAAUUCCCAAGAAAGUGUAACUGUCAGCACCACAAACAUCAGUCCUGUGCCGCCAAAAUCUUUUGCCAUAAACCAUGACACCGCAUACUGUGGCAGAGAUGCUGUGAAAAUUUUACUGGUUCUUUUGGAUGAAGAUGCAGCCAGUGCUCCCACCAGAAACAGAGCAGAGCUUUUAUAUAAUGAUGAGAGUACAGUUCCACACAAUGGAACUUCUAUUCUUACGCUCUUUAGGUCUCCCACACAAGUGAAUAAUACAUCGAUUAAGCCCCUCAAAGAGCGAAUCUGUAAGUCAGUGCAAGCAGAAAAAAAUAAGAUGAGGCAGACCUUAAUUAGGUCACAGUUUGCUUGCACUUAUAAAGAUGACUACAUCAUGAGCAAGAAUAAAUGGAAUGUUAAUUUAUCGUCAAAGCCAUUGCAUGUUCUUCACUUGGAAAAUGAUGUUUCUGAAGGUGCACAUUCCUCUGUUGGAAGAGCAAGAAUUGAAAGAAGUUCUGAAAAUGUGCAUCUGGACGGAAGUAAAGAUGACAAAAUACCAAGAAAAUCUACAGAAAAUAAAAUAUCAAAAAGGAAACAGGUGGAUUUAGACAGUAACAAUAUUCACUGUGAGAAUGGAAAUGAACUAUACCAACAUACAAAUUUUAAGUUCCCUAAAGUAUCCAAUGACUCACACAAUAAAGCUGGUGGCAAAUUAGCCCGAGGAGCAAAAGGCAAUAGGUGUACUGCCAAGGACAAAUUGAUUCCUGGCCAGACCAAGUUAACUCAGUUUUUUAGGCUGUGAUUUUGUCAUCUGUAUGCUUUAGAUUCAGGUAUAUAAUACCAUUCACCAAAACUAUGAGCUAACUUAAAUAUCAAGAUGUAAAUUGUGAUGCUUUAUUAUUUUUAUAAAUGUAUUGAGGUGCACAUGUUAACCACUGUUCGUAAAUACCAGCAAGUCAGAAUUAUGCAGAAUUUUUAUGAAGUUUAAUGCACAAGUCAAAGCAUAUCAUUUAGAUUAUUACAUAUCUUAACUAUUUUAAAGCACACAUUUAGGGCAAUACACAAGUCACGUCAACAUUAAGGGCUUUUCUCUCCACUUGCAAUGAAUUGUUUUUUUCUGAAAGGGUGGCGUGGACCAAUAGGUAUCAGACUUGCCAGCAGGGUCGGUAGACUCUUCCCAGCAUACACCUGAGCACUGAAAGAGAACAAACAGCAACUACAAUUACCACACAGGGUUAAGAAAAAUUGUGGACCUAUCAUAAUGAAUUCUGAAUAAAUCAAACCACAAUUACUGACUUUUAAAAAUUCUCCAUUUUGACAGGGUCACCUGAUAUGUGGUAGAUGUGAACCAUGGCCUUACUCGAUUUUGUUAUGGUCAGAUCCAAAUCAGUUAAGCUCAGAGCUUUUUUUAUAGAAUUAAAAUGUAGGAAUUGAAUUUGUAAAAGCUACUCACUGUCAAAAUCUCUCCUUCCUAUAGGAAACUUAGCUGAGUUUUCUUCAUCCCCAAUUUCUCUCUUUUCUUGUGUUGACUCAGUAUUCUGAACUCCAUUCUCAGCUGGGAAAGCUACUGAUCCUUUCAGAGCGAGGUAAGGCUUUAGAGCCAGAUUCAGUGGCAGACCAUGAUUUAUGAGAUUCUGUUUGGAGCCUGUGUUCUGUGAAGAGAAGGUUGGUUUGUAUUCCAGCUGUCUUCUUCAGAAUAGAGCUAAAAUACAGUGGCACAACAUUCUUGCUGAUAAAGUCUAAGAUACUCUACACUGUUUUUCACUUCUAAAAUAUCUCAUAUACAAGAAACAAAGAUUUUUUAUUAGAUGGGCCCAUACCUGGUAUGUAUAAAAUUAUACUAGUUACCUUAAUGCAGACUGUGACUCUGCAUGUAUUCCCAUUUAUAAAAUUAAAAUACCAAGUUUACUUUUAUGUGAUUUAUAAUUAUAAAAGUCAUUUCCAUUACUACUGUAAUAAAAGUCAGACUACAUGUAC